UUUUAUCACACCAGUUUCAGUCUCAGGGCACUUCACAUCUUCGGCGAAGAAACAAAAUGGGCAGAAAGAAGAAAUUCAUCGACAAGAAAAAGUCGGCGACCUUCCAAUUACUCGCCCGAGACUCGUCUGAUCCCAACUACGAUGACUCACCCGGCAGCGACCGAGUCUUUAUCCGAGUUGACAACAGCAGCUACCCCGUUGAUGCCUUAUUCCCUGAAGAUAAUCCUCACGACGCCUCCGGUGCCGGCGGAUAUGAAGACGAUCCCAAUUCGAUAUUCGCUGAUGCGCCUGAGGAUGACGGCGGUGGGCAGGACUAUGAUCAAGUUUCCGGAUACUCGGCGGCGCCAUCAGCACCUCAGCCAUUGCCGGACCACGUUAGGAGGGAGAUUCUGGAGCUAGGGUUUCCUGACGACGGUUACAACUACUUGCUACAUAUGAGGGAGAUUAGGAGUACUUCUACAGUUUAUCACAAUUCCAAGGCUAAGCUCGAUCAGCUUCCUCAUGAUGUAAAGGCAUAUGAUGCUUCAAGAGUGCGCAUUUCUGAAAAUGAGGCUCCGAAUGAGAAGGUGAUUUACAGUGUGGCUUCUAAGACGGUUAAUGUAAGGGUUCAGAAAGCGGCUGAUCCAGAAGUAUCUGCAUUGCUUGAUGAUAGUGAUCUUUCACGGUUUGGUUCUGAUAUUGAGGACUUGGAAGAAGAUUUCGUUGUUCAGGCUAACCUUGCGGCAGAAAAGGAGGAGGAGGAGGAGGAUGUGUGUGUAGAUAAUGGGCCAAAUAUUGUUGAGCAAUCCGAGAACAAAAAUGUGAGAAAUGAAACAAACGGAGUUGGAACAAAUAGCAUUGAGGGUGCAAAGGAUAACUCUGUGGCUGAAAAGCCACGAGUUCAUCGCCUCUUGGACGAGCAAUUUGAUUUACUUGUGAGUCAGGAAUAUGCCAGUGAUGACGACAAUGAUGAUGAUUAUGGCUAUGUAGCUGAAGAAGAUGAGACCCUUGCAGAGAAGCUCAAACAUGCCACCCUGAAUGGCCAUGUGAGGGAUGACUUAGAACUGGACGGCGGUUAUAAGGCCCCUGCAGAUUUUCUGCGUGAUAAUGAGACAGUAAAAACGAAAGAGCUAGUGGACUCUGCUAGUGAGGUUAUUCGGCGCUGUGCCGAGUAUGCUGAGAAAUACGAGAAUGAAGUUAAAGAUGCAGACUUGGUCAUUGUGGAGGAAUCUAGUGAUGAAUCAGAAGUGUGGGACUGUGAGACCAUUGUUUCUACAUAUUCAAAUCUUGAUAACCACCCUGGGAAAAUCGAAGCUCCAGGAGUAGCUAGAAGGAAGAAGCUUUCUGAAACUGUUUCUGGAGCCUUGGGUUCUGCCAAUCAUGUGAUAACCCUUCGUGGGAAAGAGAGGCUGCCUGUGGACUUCUUGCCUCAUAGUAAAAAACCUGCUACAGAGAAGGUGAAAGAUAUAGGUGCCUUGAAAACUGAGCAGCAGAAAAGGAAGCAACAUGGUAUGGAGUCAAAGGAGGAGAAGAAAGAGCGAAAGGCCGCUGUCAAGGAGGAAAGGCGUGAAGCACGCCGUACCAAGAAAGAAAUAAAGGAACUUUACAAGGGUGAAGCACAGCAUGCUCAGAGAGUAGCUGCUAUAUCUGGCCCUUCUUCUAUUCAUCUUAUGUGAUUGUGUUGAUCAAGAAGUUGUAUCUCUAGUGAUUUUCUUAUAGGUAAGACAGAGUACUAGAUUAAUAGUCAAGACAGUUGCAUCGCUUGAGCCUGGACUUUUUGCAGCACAAACUAGUUACACAUGCUGUAAUCUACGACCAACGAUGUUAAGUGAGGCGAUGUAUGCUCCAUCCUGACUGCCUCAAGUUUUAGCAGCGUAGAAUAUAAGUUGUGAUUGAGAAAAUUUUGUGUUCGGAAAGGUUGGGUUCUGAUGUUUUUGGCCGGUAAUGGUAGAUAGGAGGACAUGCAUUGAGUUCUUUACAGUCAAAUGUGUAAUGUAGCACCAGGUGAAGAUUUGCUACAAAGCAUGGAUAAUAAUACUUUGUUUCUAUAA